AAACUUUGCCAGCAGUAGCAUAAGUGGUUGCUCUCGUCUUGUCGUUCCUCAUUGCCCCAUGUCAUCUCUUCCCUCGGGUUGCCUCGUGGUACAUAAUUCACCGAGUGAGAGAGCGGCCCUGCCCCUGUUCUCAUAGCUGGCACUUGGCUGCGGUGAUAGCGAUGCGGUUACAAAAGCACCUAGUGCUAAACUCCAUAGCUAUAUUAGCAUGAAUCUAAGCUGCAAUUAUCAACGGGCACGUUUCUUCAAGUUCACGAAAUAACUCCAUCAAAUCGCUCCCGUCGCGCUGGCGGUUCCCUCAUCUUUCGUCUCCCCUAGGUCGCACCCUGACCUUGCAUAAUCCCCUCACAGUCACAACAUUCCAUGCCGCCAACACUCGUCCUUCCCGCGCAUAUCUGUCGCACCUGCCCUACUGUUACUCUCGCCACCCCCACCGCCACCGCCGGAACCGCCAUAACCGCCGAAAACAGCGCUCACCGUAGUGUAAGUAACCGGCCAAGUCAGCGCGACGGCAGCAUGGCCACGUCAGCCGACCGGUUUGUUGCUGAAGUUCGACGGUUAUGGCACCACCAACCGCUCUGGGCCAACCCUUCCCCGCCUCUGGCCCACCGUCCUCCUCCUCCAAUUCGACCUCCUCCGCUGCGCGCCAAGCCGGUCCUGGCUCCUCGACCAGUCGCGCCGGCGGCGGCGACAACAGCGGCGGCGUCGCGGUCACCUUCGUUUGCCUGCGACCGUGCGACAGUCCUGUCGCCGGCGACAGCACCAGCAUGUGUCGCAUAAACGCGGGGUUCUUGCCGCGAACGAUCAUGUGGGCUCCAGGCGGCGCCUUGCACGCUCUCUUGAGCUCCUCUGCCGCGGCAGCCGCUCUAGACUUCUCCCCCUCCGCCCCCGCCGCCGCCGGCGCCGCGGCUGCGGCUCUGCUGCCGGUGGAGGCGGUGGAGAUCUCGACGAUGCGUCGCACGGCGCUGCACAUGUCGCCUCUUCGACCGCUGGCGACGUUUCCGCUGGUGGACAAGAAGACGGGGCAGCUGUCGUGGAAGAUCGUAGGCAUCGCAAGCGACCAUCCUCUCGCCGCCGCCGCAGUAGACGCAUGUACGAAGCUCGGGCGAGCCGUAUGGAACCCUAGCAGUGGGCGCAAGGGCGGGGGAGAAUCUAGUAGCAGUGGGGCGCCGGCGGGAAAGAGCAGGCGGGGGGGGAGUUGGGACGGUAGGGAAUUGAAGGAUCAGGCCGUAGUAACAGUAGCGGGUAUAGUAUCGCGUUGGUUGAUUGAGGCUUAUGACCUUCUCGCAGCACUCAAUAACGAGCCAACGGGCGUGGCGGCGGGUGCUGAGAGCGCGGAGCAGCGGCGGCGGUGGCAGGUGGGGGAACGCGCGGUGGUAGCAGUGGCGGAAAACGCGCAUGUGACGUGGCAAGGCAUGGCGCAGCAGUCGCUUCUUGGGCAGGAAGGGGCAGGCGCGCGCGAAGUUGCGCCAAUGCUGAUGGCGCAAGGGGUGCAGUGGAUGGGGGCGGAGGCUCAGGCGCAGGCGCAAGGACACGGGCAAGCGCCAUGGGCGCACGCGGAAGGGGAGGGCUGGUGGGGGGGAGAAGGGACAUAUGGGAUGGGCGGGGAUGUGGAUAUAUGGUCCCACGGAGGCGGAGGGUCCCUGACCCCUAGUGGCGUUGCACCUUCAGGUGUUACUACACCUAUUGGUCUGACCCCUAGAAGCUUAACGCCAAACGGCUCAGCUGCUUUUCCCUUAGCUCCUCCCACUUUUAUGCAACUGCAGCAGCAGCAGCAACAGCAGCUGCAGCAGAUGAUGAUGGUGUGGAUGGCGCAGGAGAGUGAUGAGGGAAUGGACGAUGCAAACCCAGAGGAGGCGGAGGGGCAAGGAGAGCCGGAUGGGGUUGUAAGGCGCAAGUCAGGGGGGAAGGGGAAAGAGAAGGGGAAGGAGAGGGAGGUGGAGAAGGGAAAGGACAAGGAGAAGGUGAGAGAGAAGGAGAGAGACAUGAGUAAGGUGCGCAGGGUAGGUGAACGGGUGAUCAAAGAGAAGGGGAGAGGGAAAGAAAAGGAUAAGCGCAAGGAUGGAGAAGAGGAGGGAGAUAGGGGGAGGAGCAAGGAGAGAGAGAAAGGAAAUGGACAUGGGCAUGGGAAUGGGCACGGGCAGGGGCAAGCGUGCUCGCGAGGUGGGUAUGGCAGGAGCAGCAGCAGCGGCGGCGGCAGCAGCAGCAGCAGCAGCAGUGCGGUAGAGGAGUUGCAGAGGGCUCUUCAAGCGAGGUACGCUGCUGCGCUGGGGAAGAAGGAAGCCGAGCAAGACAGGCAAGACGAGCAAGACGGGCAGCAACUCGACUCAUCCGCUGCUCCUGCUGCUCGUGCUGCUCGUGCUGCUCAUACUCUUUCGCAUUCUCACCCUCACUCUCAUGCGUCUGCUCAUCCCCAUGGUGUUGGUGACGCUGAUGGCGAUGGGGACGGUGCUGACGGCAACAACCGGGCUCGUCCUGCAUGCAGCAGUACAGUCAGUGGGACCAGCAGGGACAGGAGCACCCGGAGCAGCAGCAGCAGCAGCAGCAGCAGUGCUGUUUCGGGUAGUACUGGCAUCAGCAGCAUCAGCGGCAGCGGCAGCAGUGGCAAUGGCACUGAGAGGAAAAAGGCGGAGAGGAGGAGGGGAGGGUCGCAUGGGGAGAAUCCCUUGGGAGCAGCACCAGAGGCGGCAUCCGAGCAUGGGGGUUCAGAGGGCGGCCAGUGUAGCAGCAGCAGUGGGAGCGGUUGGCGUGUGCAUGAGAGCUUCAACGAGGGCAGAAGCAGGACUGCUUCCCCGAGACCUUUAGAGAUGCCUGUUUUCGUGCCUGCGCAAGCUUUCGCCAUGCCACCCGAGCAGCAGCAGCAGCAGCAGCAGGCGGAAUUUAUGCUGAAGCUGAUGCAAGGAUGCCAUUCGGGUCCUCUGCCCUUCCGCCCAUUCACCCCUGACCCCCUGCUGCUGCAUCACCAGCAGCAGCAGCAGCAGCAGCAGCAGGCGCUGACUCAGCUGCACAGGCGCAGCAGCAGCAGCGGGGUGGAUGGGGGCUAUAUUGCUGGCAGCGCUGCGACUGGGAAUGCUUGUAUGCCGGGGAACAUUGUUGGUUGCGACAAUGACAUCAGCAGCAGUAGUAGCAGGGCGAUUGGUGGGGCGAAAGCAGUGUCUGUUGGAGAGCGAGGGUGGGGAGCCAUGCAUGGGAGCAUCCAACAGAGGUCGUUUGCAGAAAGGAAAGAUAGCAGGACGAUAGUAGGUGCAUCUGCUGGUGCUGGUGUUGGUGUUGCUGCUGGCUGGGCGGGUGGUGCUGUCGGUGCUUCUGGAAUGGAGCAGGAUUUUCGGGAGGUGGAAGCGGGGGGGACACAGGAGUGGCACGAGCAGCAGCAGCAGCAGCAGAUUCAGCAGCAGCAGAUUCAGCAGCAUGGGUUUCCAGUGUUCCCCACGUCAGCAUCCACAUCUUCCACUGUGUGCUCUGACGUAUCCCUGCCCCAGUGGAGGGACCUGCAGCAGUUGCUGCAACAUGCGCAGGCCUCCCAAUGGCAUGCGCAACCACAACAGCAGCUGCAGCAGCAGCAGCAGCUGCUGCUUCAUCAGCGGCAGCAGCAAGAAGCUGGGCUCUUAGAAGGGAGGAUCCCUGUUGGGGGCUCCAUGGUGGAGCGAAGGGCAAGGGGCGUGAAAGCCUUGACAGCGGCCAUGGCACACGCGGCAGCAGGGGGAGGAGGGAGAGGGGCUGGGGGAGGGGGAGGGGGAAGGGGAGCGGGGAGAAUAGGGGUGAUGGUGACAAGGAGAGCCACAACGGGGGGGAAUAUGGGCGCAGAGGAGGGUGGCAGGGGCAGUCGUGCAUUGGAGGAGGGUACUGGGCGAGUGAGGGUGCUGAGGGGAGUGGGGGGCGCGAGGGGGAAGGGACAGGGAGCGGGCAGGAUGGGUGUUAUUGUGGGAGUGGGAGGAGGAGAGGAGGACGAGGAAGAGGAGGACGAGGAAGAGGAGGACGAGGAAGAGGAGGAGGAGGAGAGGGAGGAGGAGGAGGUGGAGGAGGAGGAGGAGAGGGAGGAGGAGGAUCUGGAGCUUUCUUCUUCUGUGCCCUUAUUUCCCGGCUCUGCAUCUACCUCUUCCUCCUUUGCUCCUUUGCUGAGCCCUCCUCCAGUUUUCGUGCCACAUGUUGCAGUGGCAACGGCAGCAGCAGGUGCGAGCAAGGGACAACAGCAGCAGCAGCAGCAGCGGCACCACCAUUCCCAUCAGCAGCAGCAGGACGGAGUGGAUUCGUCUGCAUCCACCAUCAACUCCCGCGGCCAUGCAGCCCCCCCGAAGCAGAGACGGAAGUCCUCCUCCUCGGGAGGCUCUACCUCCGCCUUCACCUCUGCUUCCACCGCUGCUGCUGCUGAGUCUGCAAGGGACAAGUCUGCAGGGAGGGACAAGCCCACAGGAAGGGUCCGCAGGGGCUCGUUUGGGAGCUUCGACAGCAGCACCAGUAGCAGUGGCAGCAGCUGUACGUUCGGUGGCAGUGCUGCUGGUGCUGCUGCUGGUGCUGGUUCCGUUCCUACCUCUGCUGCUGCUGGUGCUCCAUGGGAAGAAAGUGCAUCCAUGCCGCCGCCUGCCUUGCAUCGACGCUGUGUCACCGUGGGCGCCUCUCCCCACACCCCUCCACCUCCUCACACCCCUCCAUCUGCUCGCCACUUCUCCCCUCCCACUCUCCCCUCCACCUGCCUCCCCAACCGCCCACCCUCGUCCCACUUCCCCAGCCCUGCUGUUCUUGCGGCACAACUCGCUGCAGCUAAUGCCCAUCUGCACCGGAUUUCUGUGGGGGGCGACACUGCUGCUGCUGCUGCUGCUGCUGCUGCUGCUGCUGCUGCCACCAUUGCCCAUCAGCCUAUGUGCGGACGCAGUGCUACUGUUGGAAGCUUACCUACCCACAUCUUCCCAGCCGCUCCCUCCCCUCUCUCCCCCCAUCCCAGCACUCCCUAUUCCCCUUUCACGCAGCAGCAGCAGCAGCAGCAGCAGCAGGGUGCGUGGGAGCAAGCAGAGAAGCUAAAGAUGCUGCGCAAUGGGGUGCUGUCAGGGCCAGUGGGGGAUGCGUAUCGGCAGCUCCUUCUCUCCAACACCCAGUCAGGCUCCAUCUCCCAAUCACAAUUCCAGCAGCAUCCACGGCAGCAGCAGCAGCAGCAGUCUGAUUACAUAUCUGUUCUGCACUCUUUCAGUGGUCCUGUACCUCGAGCUUCGUCCUAUGAGACUCCUCCCAAUCCCCGCCCAGGCACCGCGUCUCUCACUCCCAGGGGACAAAAUGUGGGGUUUAUGCCCCCAGAGAGUGCUAACAGCACCCAGCACAUGCUCUCACAGCAGCAGCAGCAGCAGCAGCAGCAGCAGCUUCUUUUGAGGCAAAGGCAGCAGCAGGAACAGCAGCAGGAGGGAAGGAAGACACACGGGCACAGUUCUCCCCACAGGGGCAGUCCACUGGCGAAGGCAGGACGGGGUGCGGUUGGGUCUAUGAGGGAGAGGGUGGGUGCAACUGAUGCUGCUGCCGCCGCCACCGCCGCCGCCGCUGCUGCUGCUGCUGCUGGUGCAGGUGUGGUAUCGGCAGCAGUUGUACCAAGAGGGUCAGCAGGAGGGGAGGCAAGACGAGCAGGAGGGAAGCGAAUAGUACGACGGGCUUCUUUGGGCGACGGGGAUGACCUGUAUUGCGCCCCUGUUGCGUCCUCUGUUGCUGGGUGGUACCGCGAAGCAGGCGGGGCGGAUGAUGGGGCGGGGAGAGAGAAUCCGGAGAAGGAGUGUGUGGUGGAAGGGAAGAGAAGGGAGAGAGAUGAGGGGAGGAGGAUGAUAGGGAGUGGAAGCAGCAUGCACGGUCGUUUGCUGGCACGCCACAUGAGAACAGGGUCUGCAGAUGCAGCGGCAGUCACAGCCGCAGCUAGAGAAGCAGCUGCUGCUGCUGCGAGAGUGCCAGGAGGAGUGCUGGCAGCACUAGCAGCUGGGACUGUGUCGAUUGGAAAUUCACCUCUUUCUAGUUCCAACCGUGGAUCCUCGCCCCUUGCAGGGUGCAUGAGACGAAGCCACACAACUGAGUGCGGCCGAGGAGGCAAGAAGGCUGGGCAAGAAGAGGAGGAGAAGGGAGGGGUUAGCAGGGAGGCAGCAGAGUGGGGAAG